AUGUUGGCACGGGCCAAUUUAAAACGCGCACUUGGGUCGCCCGGGGCGUCAUCUGAUGGUGAUGACGAACCUACCCCGAAGCGCGUUAGAGGUGAAAGCACAUCUCCACUGGAGGAUGAAGGCGCAUGGCGCAUUCUAUUCCAGUACCUCACCACUGAGAUGACCUACCCUCAGAUGGAAGAGGAAUUUAUAUCUUACCUUGGCAAUAGAUACUGUGCAAAUGACUGGAAGGACGCGCGAGACGCGUUGUUCUCUGCUGACGACCUAAAUGAUAAUGCAACACCCCUGGUGAAUCUUCAGGCCUUGUACGCUAAGCAUGUACCUCAGGCCUCUUCCCAAUCAAAUAUGGCGAGCCCACUGGAAGAUUCUAGUGUAGUAUCUGCAUCGAGGACGCUUGGGCGCUCGUCAGACACUCGUAAGAGUCAUCCAAGUUGCCGAUCGUGUCAACGACUCAGAUCGAAGAAUCCCUUCAUCGACGUAGAAGCAGAUGAGGGCUCGAGCGAGGAUGAUGAUGAUGACGAUGACGACGAUGACGACGAUGACGGCGAGGGCAGUCGCUCUCUUCGGUCACCAAACGUCACGAGUUUGCCAGGACCGUCAGGGAAACAGACUUUUUUUGCAGCAGUCGACAAUAUCUUCAACCACGUCAACACGUCAAAGUCAUCAGACAGACGCCUUCAAGUUCCUUAUAGAGCCGCCUGGUGCCCUGGGACGAUUGAAAGCAGGAUGUAUCUGCUGCAUGUUCACAGAGCUGCGACUGGCUAUAUCGCCUCACACCUUCGGAGCAAAGGACUCCCCGUUACCGUUUCAGCUUGGAUCCCUGGCCAGAUAUAUGUGGUAUCUGACAGUCCGAAAACCAUUGCGUCAUUCCUCCCAAUGGCACAUAAACAAUCUGUCCGAGAUUACCUUCGUAUCUCAGACAAAGAACGUCAAGCGGUCGAACGUGAACGACCCAAACUUCCCAACCCGGGGUGGGUGCGAAUCGUUCAACGUGGCAAGUACAAAGGCGACAUAGGUUAUGUCUAUGAUUCUGAGCAGUCUGACGACUUUGUCGCGGUCCUAAUCUCCCCGCAGGAUUUCCCCUAUCCCGUGUUUGAAAAAUCUGCUGCACUAUUAGACAGAAGUCAACUUCCGGCAAAUAGUACAGUAUCCGACAUAACUCAUGACGGCAAAGUCGUAGGAUGUUCGUUCAAAGGAGAACGAUAUUAUAUGGGGCUGUUGCUUAAAAAAAUUCAUCAUUCUGACCUAGAGCUUGUUACCACCCCUCAUCCCGACUACAUUCGACUGCAUUUGCAAUCUGGAUGGGACACGCCCUUCGUCAAACGCACUGAGCUGGCAUUUUCUAUGCAGUUCCUGCGCGUGGGCAACGAGGCGAGGGUCAUCUCUGCAGAGAUGUAUUCUGAGAUAGGAAAGGUUGUCUCGACCGAUCAUGCGUCAGACUUUCGACUUCGGGACGUGGAGCGUGUGUUUCGGCUCGGCGAUCUGGUUCGAGUUGUAGCGGGUGUAUACUUGGGUUUGGAGGGUCACGUUGUUCAAAUGUCGGAUAACAUAUUUCACAUUUGUCAAGAGGCAACUAAGGAAGAGGUGUGGGUCGUGCAAAACGUCGACUUUCCAUCUGCUUGCUUGACCCUGUUAUCUCAAACUGAUGGCUCAUUGAUUAACAUUCCCAUGCGGUUCGUGGUGAAGACACACAAUGCGACCGUUGAUACCUUUAAGAACGUCAUCGGCAAAGAAGUAUUUGUCAUUCAAGGUCAGCAUAAGGGUUACCGUGCCACGCUAUACGAUAUCGGGAGAGAGCAUUGUUCUGUUGCACUGCCCGGACAGAAGCGGAUACUGCUCAAACUCCCUGAAGUUGUCACUAGACACGAUUUAAUUUCGUUUUGUGAAAUGCGGGAGAAAUCGUACUUGAAGCCACCGCCUCGAAGUAUCACUCCCCCACCCGAGAAAAUAGCUUCCUCCAGUUCUCUCACAUCUUCCAGCGACCCGCCUUCCAGCGCCCUGAGCACCUGGACUGCCAACCCCGAGGCUGUUGAGGGCCCACUUCCCUGGUUGAUGAAGAAGGAGUUUGCGUCAACUUUCCUUACGCAUCACGUGUUGUUGAAAGUUUCACCGAGCUUCAUGGGGGGGAGGUUACACAAGCGGUUCGUAUCAACCGCAUGUCCAGACCCAUUCUGUGGUGCGAAUGGACCUGCACCUGAGAAUUGCAUAGCAGCAUUUUGCACGUCGAAUGGCACAGGGGCCGCCAUCCAACACUAUCACAUUCCUGCCCAUGACCUCAGUCCAGCUCCUCCGCGUAAAAAGGACCAGCAAUGCCUUAUUUUGGACGGGGAGCAUCGCGGGGCCAUCCUAACUAUAGCGAAGUGCAACAUCAAAAAAAAUACUGUGGAGAUGUUUACAGAUCCAGAUACUAUUAGUACUGCUUUAACUCUUCGCUUCGACCAGAUCUGUCUCGUGGAACCCAUGCAACCUUCGAUGUGA